UGUUAUUAUUAAUGAUCAAGGGGGUUCCUUUAUAUAAGGAUUACAAGAUGAAGAUAAAAGGAAAGAGUACAAAUCCUAAUCCAAUAGGAAAACUAGUAAAACAUAGAAAAUGAAAACAUCCUAAGUUCUAAGUCGGCUAGGUCAUUGGCCGACUAUCUCUCCUCCUUGCGGCCAUGGAUGGGCUUGAUGUGGCCGACGGGCUUUCUCCUCUUGUUUUGUAUGUAUUGGGCCGGUCUUGGGCCGGACCUGGUUAAUGGCAAUCCACUCCAUGAUUUAUAACAUAGAUGAAUUAAUAUAUUAAAACCAAAAUUAUUUGAAAUACCUCUAUAAACAACUAGGGGAUAACUAUAAACAAGAGAAUUUAAGACAAGUGUUAUUGGUUUAUUUAUUUUGAUUGAUUUAUAAAUUCUUAUAGUAAAUAUACAGAUUUUCAAACUUUUUCGGAUUAGUAUUUUACAAAUCCGGAGGUUUUCCCUCGGAUUUGAAUAUUUGUAUUUUUAACAAAAAAAAUCUAUACAAAUCUAUUCAAAUCUAUUAUAAAAUCAAAUCUAUUAAUAUAUUUGUAUUAUUGAAUAACAUUUGAUUUGAAGUAGAAUUUAUAAAUCAUAAAGCCAAUAAUACUUGAUUUCAAUACAAAUUUUAAAAUCAUAUAACCAUCCAUUAAAAUACACCAACCAAUAACUCUCGUUUAACGUUAAAUCAAUUAACAUUUGUGACACAAUGGAUAACUUCUAAUCAGAACGUGUAACUUGGGAGUAUGUUUUACUGUUACCCCAAAUUAAAGUUGGGUUUGUUUGUUUUUUUUGCACAAUAACGAACUGAAAACUAAAGAAGAGUGGUUUUAUUUGCUAGGUAAAGUCCAUGGUCAAAUAGUAUUUCAAAUACAAACAAGAAGACCAAGAAAGUGAUGUAGAGAGUAGUCGUGUUGUGUUCAAAAAAAAAAAAAGAGUAGUCGUGUACGUUCAACAAAAAGACCUUCCAAAAAAAGAAAAAGAAAAAGAAAAAGAGUAGUCGUGUAAAUAGCGUUCACACAUCGACCACACGACAUGUUGAACAUCUUCAAAGAUAUGUGUGUAUAAAUUUUCUCAUAACUCAAGACAAUGGCGCAGAGGGUAAUAGAGAGAUGAGAAGUGUACCAAACUACCACCAUCCUUACACCUUCUUAAUCUUUGUCUUCAUUUUGUUUCCAGCCUUGGGUGUCUCUGCCAGCACACUGUCGGCUACAGAAUCUCUCACUAUCUCAGGCAACAAAACCAUCAUAUGUCGUAGUGAACUUUUCGAGCUCGGUUUCUUCACUCCCGCGUCAAGUUCUCGUUGGUAUCUCGGGAUUUGGUAUAAGAAAAUCCCUACCAGAACCUACGUAUGGGUUGCAAACAGAGACACCCCUCUCUCUCACUCCAACGGAUCUCUCAAAAUAUCCAACAAUAACCUCGUCAUUUUUGAUCAUUCCAAUAAACCUGUUUGGUCUACUAACCUAACGGGAGGAAAUGUGAGAUCUCCAGUGGUGGCAGAGCUUCUCGAUAACGGCAACUUCGUCCUCAGAGACUCCAACAAUAACGAGUACUUGUGGCAGAGUUUCCAUUUUCCGACAGACACUUUACUUCCCGAUAUGAAACUGGGUUGGGAUCUCAAAAGCGGAAGAAACAGAUUCUUGAGAUCCAGGAAAGCCCCAGAUGAUCCAUCAAGCGGGGAUUACUCGACUAAAUUCGAAACCAGAGGGUUCCCAGAGGUUUACGUAUGCAGCAAAGAGUCUAUAGUGUACCGGAGCGGUCCAUGGGAUGGAAUCCGGUUUAACGGCAUACCGGAGGUAAGACCAGUUGAUUACCUAGUUCUAAAUUUCUCAGCGACUGAUGAAGAAAUAACUUACUCAUACCAUAUCACAAAAAACAACAUUUACUCGAUCUUAACCCUAACCCCCACCGGAUUAUUACAACGAUCAACUUGGGUUGAGAGACUACAGAGUUGGAGACCAUUAUGGUACUCACCAAGGGAUAUAUGCAAUAACUACAAACAGUGUGGGAGUUAUGGUUAUUGUGAUUCCAACACCUCACCAGUUUGUAACUGUAUCCACGGGUUUAAGCCGAGAAAUAAGUGGGAUCUGAGAGAUGAUUUUGAUGGUUGCGUGAGGAAGACGAGGCUGAGCUGUGACGGUACUGAUGGGUUUGUGAGGUUGAAGAAUAUGAAGUUGCCGGAUACUACAAAGACAAUAGUGGACAGAGGAAUUGGGAUAGAGGAGUGUGAAGCACGGUGUUUAAAACAUUGCAAUUGUACGGCGUUCGCUAAUACGGACAUUCGUAAUGGCGGGUCGGGAUGUGUGAUUUGGACCGGAGAUAUGUUGGAUAUCCGAUACUUUGCCGAGGGAGGUCAGGAUCUCUACGUCAGACUAGCAGCUGCUGAUCUCGGUUAGUUCUUUGUCAUUUGCGUUUUAAUGGGUUACUAGAUUUUGACCCGCACUUUUUUUGGAUUAUAUUAUAAUACAAAGUCUUAUUAUAUCGAAAAUAUAAUUUUUAACAGUUAUAUAAUCUACGAAUUAGUUUAUUUGAGAUUUUAUAUGUACACUUUUACGUGAGUUUCUUUUAGUCAUGAGAAUUAUAUCCGGAUCAAAAAAACAAACCGAACCGACCCGAAAAUAUAGGUUUAAGUUCAGGUCCAGAGAAGAUAACCUAUUGGGUUUUUUCUGGACCCGCAGGUCUUUGUUUGAGUUCGGGUCCUAUCCUAGACCCGAUCAUAAAUAUGUUGUGUUUAUUAGGUAUAUUUGGAUAUUUCGAAUAUGUUUCCGGUAUUAUGGAUAUUUUUUUUAAGUUUUUGGUUUACGAUUAUAGUUUUUGAUUUCAGAU